AUGGUAUGUAGCAUAUAACGAGGAGGAGAGGAGAAAGAUCGAGAUAGAAUCGCACAGAUAAAUAGUGGCUAGAGAUUCAAGGCAUACUAAUUUUCUAGAGAUCAAUAUUUUGGCAGUGUCUGCGAACUUGACUUAGUAUUUAACUUUUUCAAGGUGUAUCAAAUUUUAGAUAGCAUGGUAAUUGGAGGAGAGGUAAUGGAAACAGCCAAGCCAGUAAUUAGAUAGGAACUAGACUACGCAGACUACUAUGAAUGA